AUGUUCGGUUGGUUUGAAUCUUCCAGCGAGACUAAGCCCACACAGGAGCCUACCUGGGAUGCGGCCACCAUGACUAUGGACCAGCCCUCCAACACCGAGACCAUGUCUUCCAACACCGUCGUUUCUCAGCAGCCUACCCCAGAAUCGAUGAAGAUGGAAUUGCGCGGUGGUGGCGAAGGCGGUGAUAUCUGCUGUGGAAUGUGA